AAAUCUGCUGUUCACUUCAAGGAGGGUGUCUAUGAGAACAUCCCAUUCAAGGUGCACAACAGAAAGAUCCCAUACGCCGUGAUCCACUUUGGCUUCUUUGGUAUUGCCGCUGCUGUUCCAUUCAUUGCUUCCUUUGUCCAAUUGAAGAGAUCUGGUGCUUUC